CUGGCAACCGUUGACAUAACGCUUUACCGCCAUAGUGAGCGCCAUAGUCACCGUAGCUGUUGGCGACUGUUUCCUGUCAACUGAGGUGCACAAAUUUUCACAUUUUCACUUACAAUCAAGACCAUGCAAUCAGCGUCUGGUCCAGGUACCACCAUUGUUCAUCUAUCUCCGAAAAAUCAUACAAUUUUACAACAAGGUGGUCAACACGUCCUACUUAGUAAAAUUGCUUCCGACUCUACUAGUAAUCGUCCACCAACAAGUGGAGUGGAAACUAGUUUAUUACAAACAGCACAUUCAAAUAACUCACAAACUAUAUAUCCAGCACAUUAUAUUGAAGCUAUCGCUGAACAAACUGUUUAUACUGCAAAUGGAGAAGGCGGUGGGAUUCUCGAAAUUAAGUCUGGUACGCCAUUAAGAAAACUAUUUGCAUCAGUCACGAAAUCUUUGUCUGGACAAUAUCAAGAAUAUACACCGAUUAUUUAUGCUCCUGUUUCAGGCGGACCAACAUAUUAUCAAACAGCUAAUGGACAAGUUUUAGCUACUGCGUUUGGUGCAGCGAAUAGUGCAACAGGUCAUGUUGGUGCCUUACAUACUGCUGCGGCGGCACAUGCAAAUUUAACUGCCACAGCUGGUGUUGGUCACGCUCAAUUAGUUACACAUCAAGGUGCAACAUAUUUAGUACAAAGUGGUCAAUUAGAUGAUGACGGAUCCUCCAUAUCCCAUACAGCAAAAGCUAGUCCUGUCACUGUUCAAUGGCUUGUUGAUAAUUACGAGACAGCUGAUGGUGUUAGUCUUCCACGUAGUACAUUAUAUUUUCAUUAUUUACAACAUUGUAAUGAACAUAAAUUAGAGCCAAUGAAUCCAGCAUCAUUUGGUAAAUUAAUACGUUCAGUAUUUUUUGGCCUACGUACACGACGACUAGGUACACGUGGAAAUUCUAAAUAUCAUUAUUAUGGUAUUCGUAUUAAGCCAAACUCACCUUUAAAUCAUUUUAUCGAAGAUGCUGGUUUCUCACUUCGACAUUAUCCUAAUUAUCAUCGUCAAACAAUGGAAGCUGCAGCUGAAUGGAAAAAUUUCACAAAUUCUUCGUUAAAUCGAUUGAAAUCUUUAAGUACAAAUGGGAAUGGAGUCAAUAGUGGAGGUGUUGGAGUUGGGAACACUUCUUUUGGAUUAAAUAAUUUAGCAUCUCAUGUUCAUUCAACAUCACAUAUCUCAUGCAGUAAUGCCAGUAGUAAUAUUAGUAGUAGUAAUUCUCAGUUAUCAUCUCAUUACGGUACCAGUACGACAGUGACAACAUUCCGUUCUUCAGAUAAAUCAAUGUUAAAUAAUAAUCUUUAUGUUGGUAGUGGAAGUGUUUCUUCACAUUCCACUAGUCAAAAUGUUGAUAGUGUUACGACAAAUUCAGUAACAAGUCCUUUAUUAUCUUCUAGUGGUGUUGGCAAUGGUCAACAUCAUGCACAUUUUCUUGGUGAAGCUAGUUCCGCAUUGCCUAAUCUAGAUGAAAUAUGCCGAUCAUCUGGUCUUCCUGUGCCAAGUGAAGUUGAUUUGCCAGAGAAUAAAAGUCGUUUAAAAACAGUUGAAACAUCGAAUAAUUUAUCAACAAAUGAAGAUGUAAUUACAUUUUGUCGUCUUUACGCUUUAUCCGCUGGUUAUAUGCUUGAUGCUGUAGUAAAUUUAGAUUUUACUUCAAUUGAAACAGUAUGGAAAGCAUUUUGGUGCACUGAAGAAGUACGAGAUUCUCGGUUAAAACAAAGUUUAUCACAAGAACGAUUAUAUUCACUCGUGUCCGAUCCGGCCAUUUUACAAUUUAUUCGACUUUAUGAUCAUACAUUCUAUCAAUCAUUAGCUGAAGUUUUAAUACCAAAUGUACUUCGACCUAUUCCGCCAACUCUUACACAAGCAAUUCGUAAUUUUGCAAAAUCUCUUGAAGGUUGGAUGCGUCAAGCUAUACAAGGUUUAGAUACAGAUCUUGUUAAUUUAAAAAUAUCCGCUGUGUGUGCAUUAGCACAAACUCUUCGACGUUACACUAGUUUAAAUCAUUUAGCUCAAGCUGCUCGUGCUGUACUAAAAAAUGCUAAUCAAAUUAAUCAAAUGUUGGCCGAUUUAAAUCGUGUCGAUUUCAAUAAUGUACAAGAACAAGCUUCAUGGGUAUGUCAAUGCAGUGAUUCUACUGUUAGUCAGUUAGAGCAUGAUUUUAAACGUAUUUUACAAAAGCAUGCAUCACUGGAAGAAUGGGCUCAAUGGUUAGAUACAGUAGUGACUAGCAUCUUACAACCACUUGAAGGCAAUAGUUUGGCUUAUACAAGAGCUGCACAUCAACUAGUAUUGAAAUGGUCUUUUUACAGUUCAAUGGUGAUUAGAGAUCUGACGUUGAGAUCUGCAUCGAGUUUUGGCAGUUUUCAUUUAAUUCGACUAUUAUAUGAUGAGUAUAUAUUUUAUUUAGUUGAACACAAAGUCGCUGCACAUUUAGGCAUGACACCGGUCGCUGUUAUGGGUGAAAUGGGUAGAGAUAUUACUCAACAACAUUGUGCUCAAAAUCGAUUACAUUUGGACAAUCGUAAUGUUCCUGGGAAAUCUAAAUCUAUUCACAAUAAUAAUAAUAGUAAUACAACAGUACAUGAUUCUCCACAACAUGAUAAUUCGAAUUAUUUGCCGUUUGUUAAUGAUGAUAAUAAUAAUGAUAACAAUAAUAAUGUAGAUCAUACAAAUCCUAUAUUUCAUCAACAAAAACACUCAAUUAAUUUAACUAAAGACCGUGUUGUUGUUGUAGGCAAUGAUGAUUGUAAUCCGGACACUAACACUAAUAAUGUUAUUAGUCGCGAGAAAAAUAGACGGGAACAACAACAAUUAGACAGUGACGGUGUCAUUGUUGACGAAGAUGUCAUGGAUCAUCAUCAUGACGAUGACGAAGAAGUGGAUGAUUUCGAUGAAGAAGUUGAUGAGUACUUAGACGAUGAAGAUGAAGUGGAUGAUUCAUUAGGUGAUGAAAAUGCCAUGUUAAAAGAGGCACAUGCUUCAGCACAAGCUUAUUGUCGAAACUCUUCAAUCGCUGCGACUUCUACUUCUACUGUCCUGAUACCUCAAUCAUUAGAUUCAACUGAUGGUAUGCCCAAUACUACUGGCAUGAAGAAAGAUACUUUGAAAAUGGAAGAUGAAGCAAGCCAUGAAAAACAGUCAAACAUUCAAGAUGUUAUUGUCAAUGAUAACGAUAACAAUAAUGAUAUUGUUGACGACGAAGUGGUAGUAGAGAACACUGACGAAGGAACCGAUAACAAUAAAAAUAAAUUAGAGAAGUUAACUCAAAAACAUCCGAAUCUACUCAAUAAUGAUAAAAUUAGUUCGUCGACACCUGUUGAAUUAACUGUUCAACAAUCCAAUAAAGAUAAAAUAUCAACCAGUACAACGACAACCACUGGUAGUUGUUCUCCACCGUCAAUCGUAACAAUGCCUAAUCCUGUACGUAAAGUUGUCCGUGUCACUACAUUUUGUGAUGCAAAACAACCAUCAGUAGUUGUAGAGUCGUCAUUUGCUAAUUCUACACCAUUUACAACUACUGUAGCUACUACUACUAUUGCUUCUACUACUACUCCACGUUCAAUUAAUGUAAAACAAUCACCACCUGGAUCAUCAACAAUAUCAACACCAACACUAACAAUUAAUUGUAAUAGACCAAUUGAAAUUCAUCCUUCUUCUUUUCAUAUCACUACUACAACUCCAUCUUCUAUUAUUAAUAAUGGUAAUACAACAAUAGUAAAUAAACUAACUGUUACUACCAAUUCAACUAUUCCUACUGAUAUAAUCUAUGCAAAACGACCAAAAUUAUCCUAAUCACCAUGUAUACCUUCCUAUUUGUUUCAAUGAAAGAACCUCAUUAUUAAUAUGUGCAUUACAAUCAUUAAUUAUUGCAUAUCACAAAACUGGUGAAAGGCAGCAGUCAUUAAAGAUAAUAAAGUGUGUGCUUUUUUCCACAGAAUUUUCUAUUCCGUCUUUUACACUUUCAUAACUAUCAACACCUAUGUUUGUGCUUGUGUGUGUGUGUAUGUAUUGAAUAAACGUUUAGUACAAUUUAAUAAUUUCUUGUGUGCACAAUCAUUCCAUUUCUUUUUUUUGUAUAUUGUCUGUUUAUUGAUUAUCCAAUCACUAAAGUUUGUGUUUUAAUGGUGAGACUCUGUACACAUUUAUAUGUUGAGAGAGAGAGAGGGGAAUGCGCACCUAAAAGGAAUGGGACAGAUCAUUUCCAUUCUCUAUGAUAAUAACUCCAAUUGAGUAUACCUUUGCACUAUUCAAAUAUUCUUGUCAAUAUGACAACUGUUUGCAGUAUGUUCAAGUGUAUGUAUGUAUGUGUGUGUUUGUUUUGGUUAUUGUGUUAGAUUGUCAUGUUGUCUGUUUUGUGUAUAUUAAUGAUUUCUGUAUAAUAAAAUCAAUAAUCUUAUGAUUUUCCAUUGUGUUGAGUUGUAAGACACAAUGCAUUUGUACUGAAGUUAUAAUGACUACUACAUUACAACUUGGUAGGAUUUGAUCAGUGUUUAUUUCAAUCGUAUCAGAUGUGGUGGUCGUACCAACAGAUUGUAAUGACCCAAUCGAGUUAUUUUAAAUGAUACCAUGCCAGAGUGAUCGGAUGAGGAUAUCGUCAAGACUCAAACAUAACUUAAGGUUUAAAGGGAGAAAGUCACAGUACUGGCUCUACAACUUAUCUAACAGCAACAAGAUAUAGCUUACAAAUAACAUACGGUUACUACCUUCCCACAACGGAAGGAGGGAGUUAAAAUUGGUCGAUCCUAAGAACGGCACUCAUCUCUUUCAACCAGAUAUUUGGUCCCUUAGCUCUGUCGUCACACUCCUCAGUCAUCAUGAACAAUCCUAACCCAGUUUUCUUUUUAUAUCCUUCCAAUGUCUAGGCCAACUUGAAGUGAUAAAUGCCCGAAAACCUCUCACAGCACUCAAACUCACUACUAAAACAUAUACAUAAACAUGACGUCGAUGUUACUAGUACUGAAGAUCGGUCGCAAAUUGAAUAGCUUAAUUGUUAUGUCUCAGACUGAAAUUGAGUAAUGCUAGUUAAAACCCUACAGAUGAUAUCAUAUCCCUCAAAACCACAUGUUUGCCUUGUCUCCUGUCAACAUAAAGAUGAACUACCAAUUGGAACCAAACUAGGUGCAAGAUAACAUUUCAACUCACGACCCAGUAGGGUUAACUGAGUCCUUAUUUAUACGAUUUAACUCAUUCGCUUGGUAAGUAACGACAAAUCUUUUGCUUCCAUCCUUUACCAUUCAAGAUUUGUAUCUAUGUAAAAGCCAAAGCCGUAUGACAUCAGAAUCAUAUUUGUGUACUAAAUUGUAAGGAUUUGAAUCUUUCCAUUUAUGUUAAGGACUCACUUUGUAAGUGAAUAACGCGUUGGACGUUUGAAGCUAGAGGUGGUGUGUUCUAGUUCCAGCGCAAGCAUCGACACAGGUGCAGUUGCAUCCAGCUGACAAGUCCCAGAUAAGAAGUACACAUCUUGGAUAUCACUCCUAGCCAUUAUCAACCUUCGCAUAAGAAAUCCUUGCUCCAAAGCAUUCUACUCUGUUAUAGUUAUUAUCUUAGAUUGACGUUGAAAAUAUCCAGUAUUUAAUGAGUAUUAGAUAUU